AUGUCGUGUUUGUUAUCUUGCUGCGCGAGUUGCUGCGCAAGUUUAACAUGCGGUCUCUGCACUUCUGUGGCAUCUGGAAUCACACAAAGGUCGGCUAGAAUUGCUUAUUGUGGUCUUUUUGGCGCUUCUCUCAUCGUUUCUUGGAUUCUCAGAGAAGUAGCAAAACCCCUUCUGGGGAACAUUUCAUGGAUAAACACCUCCGGUACCCGGUCAGAGGAAUUUCUUCAAGUUCAAGCAGUUCUUCGUGUGAGCUUGGGAAAUUUCUUGUUUUUCUCUAUUCUUGCCCUAAUAAUGAUUGGUGUGAAGGACCGGAAUGAUAGACGUGAUUCAUGGCACCAUGGUGGAUGGAUUGCAAAGAUAGUGAUCUGGGUUUUGCUUGUGGUCCUUAUGUUCUUCCUUCCAGAUGUCGUAUUCGUAGUCUAUGGAUGGAUAUCAAAAUUUGGAGCAGGGUUGUUUUUGUUGGUUCAAGUUGUAAUUUUACUUGACUUUGUCCAUUCUUGGAAUGAUGCAUGGGUCGAGAAAGAUGAACAGAAGUGGUAUGUUGCUUUGCUUGUUAUAUCAAUUGGAUGCUACCUAGCAGCUUUUACCUUGUCAGGAAUUCUUUUUAUUUGGUUCGACCCUUCUGGACAUGACUGUGGCCUAAAUAUCUUCUUCCUUGUCAUGACCAUGAUUAUUGCACUCGCAAUUGGAAUUAUUUCUCUACAUCCUCAGGUGAAUGGAAGCUUGUUGCCGGCAUCUGUGAUUUCCCUUUACUGUGCUUAUGUGUGCUACACGGGCCUUUCUAGUGAACCUCACGACUACGCAUGCAAUGGUCUUGGCAAUUCCAAAGCCGUCACCGUUAGUACCCUUGUUCUUGGAUUGCUUACUACAGUGUUGUCAGUGCUAUAUUCUGCUUUGCGUGCUGGAUCUUCAACAUCAUUCUUGUCACCACCAUCUUCACCUAAAUCAGGUGGGAAGAAGCCCUUACUUGAAGCAGAAGAAAUGGAAGAAGGAAAGGGAAAGAAAGAGGAAAAAGAUGCAGAGCCAGUCAGUUAUUCCUAUUCGUUCUUCCACCUGAUAUUUGCCCUGGCCAGCAUGUACUCAGCUAUGCUUCUUUCUGGAUGGACAAGCUCAUCUGACAGCUCAGGAUUGGUUGAUGUUGGGUGGACGUCCGUUUGGGUUCGGAUUUGCACUGAGUGGGCCACUGCUGCAUUAUAUGUGUGGACUAUUGUAGCUCCUGUGGUCCUUCCUGACCGUCAGUUUUCUUAAAGUCUGCACUGUGUAAAUCAAGAUAUGUAAUCUGGUUCUCCUUGUAGCUGUAAUUAUCACUUUCAGAGCUCUACAAUAAGCAGGUUAGGAUACUAUGGAUAUGUUAGGUGCGUGUGGUAUUGUGAUGAGUGAGUGAUGAUGACCUUCCGUGUCUGCAUAUAGAAUGUUGGUUGUUGCUGGGAAACUAGAUAUUAGGACUAGAAGGAUGAAGCCCAAGAUGACAAGUUCAAUCUUGAAUCUUCUCUCUA